AUAGAUUUCUUGUCUUUUUGUUGAUCGUCUUCCCUGACAUUUCUCUUUUGUUUCUUUUUUCUUCCUUUCGAUCUCCCCCAGCUCUCCUGGGCGGACACGGUGCAACGGUGUUAAGGUUUCCUUUAUCUUAUGAGCCAUCAAUCGAUUCUUCGGGAGGCUGAUGGAUAAUAAGAAUGUGAUGUCCGACAUGUUUAUGCCAUUAUGUAUCUCUUUUGACCUUGUGUGUUUAUAUGCGUUUAUGUGUGUCCUGCAUUGUUUUCCUUGGGCCAUGGUUGAUUGUGAUUUCCCCAUACCCUUUUGAUGCGCGGUCCGAUCCCCAUGUACAUAACGUCCUUUGCAUAUAUGCAUCUUGUAGGCUUCAUUACCUACUAUUUAUUCUUUCGAUGCCGUGCCACUUUCAGUUUGUAGUUUUCUGUGUCAUGGGUUCGCUGCAGUGUCUCCCUUGUGUUGAGCAGCCAAUUAAUCCUCAUAACCGCACGCAGAUAUUGAUGGUCCGAUGCGGUUACCGGAAUCAUAGAGGGUCUACGAAUCGGACACUUGGUUUCAUCGAACCUGGAUCUGCCUGGCCCAACAGAAGAAGGACGGGGCAAGUUCGGUAUCACUUGUGCACUAAUGGCAAUCAACGAAUCGUUAGGGGACCCUCGCGAGCAGGUAAUCUGUGCUUUAUUCUCAUUGUUCCAUCUCCAAAUCUUUCGGCCUUUGAAUUCUCCUGGUCUGAUCUCUCGGAGACCCUGUCAUGCCCACUGUCUGCCACGUUACCCCGGGGCGUCCUUGUGCGAAUUACUGGUCAAGCAUAUUUGGGAGGGCUGAGACGCAAGAAUAGUACAUAUGGGCUAGAAAAAAGCAAAGGAAAAAGAAAGUGAGAAGACUAUAUGACAUGGGUAGUAGAUCUAGUUGGAUGAAAGGUAUAUUUAUGAAUUAACAUCUUGCUUUUAGAGCUACAUUAGAAAUAUGUAUAUAUAU